AUGGAUGUUCUUCUUGUGAUUGAACGGAUUAGUAGGCAGAGAAAUGCUGCAAUACAGGAGGAAAACCCUUCUUCUCAUAGUUCAAUGUUUAAAUUGAAUGUUACUCUACCAUGCUUGGGCUGCUUCUCUGACAAGGGUGUGCAACCGCAUGCUGAAUAUGGAUACAAAGCUAAGACAACAGUAGGAACAGUUUUUAACUUCUUCAGUGCCUUGGGUGAAGUGGCUUUUGCCUAUGCGCGGUACAAUGUGGUCUUGGAGAUAUCAAGCGACAAUCCUUCUACACCUGAGAAGCUUUCAAGGGCCCUAGUGGAAGGAGUGAUAGUUGCUACUAGUUGUGGCUUUGACUUCCCCGUCUCUCUAAUUGGAGUAUUUGGUAUUGGGACAAACCAAACUCUAUUUGAGUUAGUUGUUUCAAAACGAUUCAUCAUAUUGAUCAGUUCCGAUCCACAUGAGCUUCGCUUUAUUACACGAUUAUUGUUGGCAUUUGACAUGUUUGUUGCCAUUACCUUCCCUUUCUUUAGUGGUCUUCUAGGAUUCUUUGGAGGAUUUGCAUUUGCCCCAACAACAUACUUUCCGCCUUGCGUCAUGUGGCUUGCCAGCAAGAAACCAGAGAAGUUUAGCUUGUCUUGGCUUAUUAACUGGAUAUGCAUUAUACUGGGUGUUCUUUUGAUGAUUGUGUCACCUAUUGGAGGGCUAAGGCAAAUUAUAAUUCAAGCAAAGGGCUAUCAAUUCUACUCUUAGGUCUUAAUCAAAUCGUCCCACACCAAGAAGAAUUGUCACAAAUAGUGGAGAAACGAAAAUCACAAUGAUACUUGCAAUGGCCAUGGAAAAAUGGCAGCAACUCAUGAAGUAACGAAUGGGACCUCAAAAAGAGAAUAUUGCCCUUGGAACCAAUAGAAAGCUUCCUAGAGACCUUCAUUAUUUACACUUAUCAUUAAAUGGUGUGCAUAUGUAUGUCACUUUUCAUGUUUAUUUUUUUCUCUAAAGCUUCAUGUUAUUUUUUUGAAGUUUACUAUCAGUGGUGAGAUAGAAGUA